AUGGAGAACAAUCACAUCUACCAGCUUCUAGCUCAACCUCGUUUGUACAACUACUCCUCAUAUUUGGAGCUGCUACCUGGUGUUGACCAAAAGGAAGCAAACACCUUGGAGCUAUUCUCAUUUGGAGACAUCGAGCAUUAUUUAAAGUACACAGAUCAGUACUUGAGCCUAGACAAUGUACUCAUAAGAAAACUCAUAUCGCUCUCUAUACUCUCUAUAGUUUCUCGCAAUGUUGGCAACGAAAUCCCUCUCAAAUCCAUUCUCACUGAACUCCAUUACGUGCCUUCAAUCGAAGACCUAGAGGACCUUCUCAUACAAAUGAUCGACAUGGAAUGCUUCCAUGCAACGAUAGACCAGAAAAAAGGUACCGUAUAUGUACAACAGAUGCUAGUACUACGUGACGCAUUCAACUUGGAGACGCAUGCACUGCUCAGAGUUCUUACAGAGGAAGACAUCGAGCACAGAUCGGUGGCAUGGGCCCGCCGUGUGCUUCAAUCGUGGAUGGAUGCAAAGAUCUCACCCGCAAAGGAACAGCUUCUGCUGGAGCCUCCGGCGCCAGAGGACAAACUCGUGAUAGAAUAA